AUGCACAACCCCGUCUUGUCGGUCUCUAUGCAAGGAACGGUAUUCUGGAAGCCUGUCUUUGAGUACGACAACAGCGAAAACGAUGGUACCAUCACUUUUCGGAAGACGCUAUUCCACACGACCACCUUUAUGGCGAAGGUCUUUGACAGAGAGGUCAACGAGGCCGUUUACAGGCACUCACAGCGGCAGAGGAACAAUUCUGUUUCCUUCGAUUUCGAGCACAAAGCAUUCGAAGUACUUGCAGUCGUCGCUUUACAGGACAACAGAACGAUGACCGAGUUCGACGCCGCUCUUCAACAUGUCAAGGAGCGUACCGUCGAGGUGGUGCACGCGACGACGCAACAAUCAGACACUAUUGGCCCGCGCAGCAAACUGAACCUCUACCAGAAAGUCUUUAAUUUCGCGGGAUUAAAUUACGAGUGUGACACAUUCAAGACAUCGUCGGCACCUCUGUACCAGACAAAAGUAGUGGACGUCACAGUCAGAGUUCGUCCGGUCUCCUUCAUCCGAGACAUAGAGGUCAUCUAUGGAGAUUAUGCGGCUCAGGCGCCGGCUGUGCGCGUAGUCGAGGUCAGCGGAGGGAACGAUGACAUUAACGCAGGCUUCGGCGGGAAAUACGUCUGGCUAAGACCAAUAUAUACGUACAACCCCGCGGAAGCGGCUUCGCGAUUCGACCUGAUUAUCCAGGACGGCGAACACCUCGACUGGCCGGAUCUGGCCAAGUGGGCGGGAGGAAAAUACCGCUUCUUACGUGCUGUAAACGACCACAUGUCUCCGGUGAAGAUCACGCAGCUGGCGCUGUUACGCGGAGGGUAUGUCGAGAAGGUGGAUGGAUGGGGGUACAGCGAGAAGACAGGAGAUAUAAAUGGGGGCAGAUGGGGCGACUAUUUGUAUCUCGUGUGGAAAACACACGCUGUACCUGACCAUAUCUCGUAG